UUUGUGUGGCAGCUCAGAAUGAUGGAUCAAGCCAGAUCAGCAUUCUCUACCUUGUUUGGUGGAGAACCAUUGUCCUAUACCCGGUUUAGUCUGGCUCGGCAAGUAGAUGGUGACAACAGUCAUGUGGAGAUGAAACUAGCUGCAGAUGAAGAAGAAAAUGUUGACAAUAACAUGAGGGAUAAUGGUGCCAGUGUCACGAAACCAAAAAGGUUUAAUGGAUUUAUCUGCUAUGGGACUAUCGCUAUAAUCCUGUUUUUCUUGAUUGGAUUUAUGAUUGGCUACUUGGGCUAUUGUAAACGUGUAGAAGCAAAGUCUGAAUGUGAGAGACCAGCAGGAACAGAGUCUCUGGAGGUAGAGGGAACUGAACCUUCAGAAACAGAAGAGUACUUUCCUGAAGCACCUUCUCACUUAUUUUGGUCGGACCUCAAAACAAUGCUGUCAGAGAAACUGAGUAACACAGAGUUCACCAGCACCAUCAGGCAGCUGAAUGAAAAUUCAUAUUUCCCUCGUGAGGCUGGAUCUCAAAAAGAUGAAAGCCUUGCCUUUUUCAUUGAGAACCGAUUCCGUGAGCUUCAACUUAGCAAAGCCUGGCAUGAUGAACAUUUUGUUAAGGUUCAGGUCAAAGGCAGUGCUUCAAACUCAGUGACCAUAGUGGGCACGAACAGUGGCAUGGUAUACCUGGUGGAGAGUCCAGAGGGCUAUGUGGCAUACAGUAAAGCAGCGACAGUUACUGGUAGACUGGUCCAUGCUAAUUUUGGCACUAAAAAAGACUUUGAGAAUUUAAACUCUCCUGUGAAUGGAUCUUUAGUGAUUGUUAGAGCAGGGAAAAUCACUUUUGCUGAAAAGGUUGCAAAUGCUGAAAGCUUCAAUGCAAUUGGUGUCUUGAUAUACAUGGACCAGGCUAAAUUUCCCAUUACUAAUGCAGAGAUUCCAUUCUUUGGACAUGCCCAUCUGGGAACAGGUGACCCAUAUACACCUGGAUUCCCUUCUUUCAAUCAUACUCAGUUUCCACCAUCGCAGUCAUCAGGAUUGCCGAAUAUACCUGUCCAAACAAUCUCCAGAGCCACUGCAGAAAAGUUGUUUGGAAAUAUGGAAGGAGACUGUCCUUCUGCUUGGGAAACAGACUCCUCCUGUAGGCUGGAAACCUCACGGAUCUGGAAUGUGAAGCUCACUGUGAACAACGUGCUGAAAGAGAUAAGAAUUUUUAACGUGUUUGGAGUUAUUAAAGGUUUUGAAGAACCUGAUCGCUAUGUUGUAGUAGGGGCUCAGAGGGAUGCCUGGGGUCCUGGAGCUGCAAAGUCUAGCGUAGGAACAGCUCUCCUCUUGGAACUUGCACGGAUACUCUCUGAUAUGGUCUUAAAAGGUGGCUUUAAACCCAGCAGAAGCAUUGUCUUUGCCAGCUGGAGUGCUGGAGACUUCGGAGCUGUUGGUGCCACUGAAUGGCUAGAGGGAUACCUUUCCUCCUUGCAUUUAAAGGCUUUCACUUACAUUAAUCUGGACAAAGCUGUUCUUGGUACCAGCAACUUCAAGGUUUCUGCCAGUCCACUGUUGUAUUCGCUUAUUGAGAAGAUGAUGAAAGAUGUGAAACACCCAGUUACUGGGCAGUCUCUUUAUCGGGACAGCAAUUGGAUCAACAAAGUUGAGAAAUUUUCUUUGGAUAAUGCUGCUUUCCCUUUCCUUGCGUAUUCUGGAAUCCCAGCAGUUUCUUUCUGUUUUUGUGAGGACACAGAUUAUCCUUAUUUGGGUACUACCAUGGAUGUCUAUGAGAAACUCAUUCAGAAAGUUCCUCAGUUGAACAAAAUGGCACGUGCAGCAGCAGAAGUAGCUGGUCAGCUUAUAAUGAAACUUACCUAUGAUCUUGAAUUGAACCUGAACUAUGAGAUGUAUAAUGACAAAAUACUUUCAUUUGUGAGGGAUGUGAGCCGAUUCAGAGCAGACAUAAAAGAGAUGGGUCUGAAUCUACAGUGGCUGUAUUCUGCUCGUGGAGACUUUUUCCGUGCCACCUCCAGACUGACAACAGAUUAUAGGAAUGCUGAGAGAACAAACAGAUUUAUCAUGAGGGACAUCAAUGACCGUAUCAUGAGAGUGGAAUAUCACUUCCUUUCACCCUAUGUAUCUCCGAGAGAGUCUCCUUUCCGACAUAUCUUUUGGGGCACUGGCUCUCACACUCUGUCAGCAUUACUAGAGCAUCUGAAGCUGCGCCAGGAAAACAUCAGUGCUUUUAAUGAAACACUGUUUAGAAACCAGUUGGCUCUAACAACUUGGACUAUUCAAGGGGCUGCAAAUGCCCUCUCUGGUGACAUUUGGGACAUUGACAAUGAGCUUUAAAUGUGGUACCCAUAACUUAUAUGAGAACAGCAGGGUAGUGUGAUUUUUAGACUUGUGCUGGUUGUGCUAAAUUUUUAGUAGGGCUACAAAACCUAAUAUUGUUAAAAUUCUACCCAGCC